AUGGAGUUCAAGAUCAGCAAUCAGUCGAUGGAUGAAGAGGAGUGUUGAAAAUUGAUGAAAGAGCCCGCUAGACUCAGAGGAAGAUUAGCAUGUUGCGAUGUUCGCGAACAUUCCUUUUCCAGACACAAUCUGAUUCACCUGCAAAUCGGCUUAUGUACCAUCGCUCCGAAGAACUCAGCUGCUGAUAAUCGUAGACUAUGUUUAACCUUGAUUGAGAUCACGGGUGAUGGUUGUAUCGGCUACAUUCUGCCCGAUCAUUGGCUUAUCGGAAAUCACUUCCAAGAAAUCCCCGGCAAGUCGGAGUUGGGCCUACAAUCAAAACAACGGGAACCUUCAUUCCAGGGCGGAGAACACUGUCUCGCCCCCUCCGCAAGCUCAGCCAGCCUCCGCACACAGACAGAUCCAGACUCCUAGAAGGUCGCUAUUCC